AUGCAAGAGUCGCAAAUUAAUCUAGCUAUUCAAGCUAUUGCUUCAUCCAAAAAACUAAGUGUGCGAAGAGCUGCUAAAAUCUAUAAUAUACCGCAUACUACCCUUAUCUACAAAAUAGCUGGUCGAACGCCGAAAGCUGGAUCUCGAUCAAUAUAUUGUAAAAUGAUGGAAUUAGAGAAGAAAUCGCUUUUUCAAUAUAUAAUUGAUAUAGACGAGAGAGGGUUUAGUCCUCGAAUAAGUGAUGUGGAAGAUAUGGCGAAUUAUAUACUCGAAACGCGGGGUGCGAAGAAGGUUGGAAAGCUCUAG